AUGCAAAUAAAUAGCGUCUUAGGUUCGUUUAAUCAAAGUUCAGAUCCAUAUAAAGAAUCAACAGCAACCUUGUUAGAUGAUAUCCAUCGUAUUCGACGUUACUUUUAUUAUGUAAUCAAGAAACUUGAUCUUAUUCCAUAUUUAUCACGCCAAGCAGUUGAUUUAGCAAUUAAUGAAGUUCGAAAAACUUAUGAUGAUGAUGGUAACAUCUUAAUUAAUAUUCAAAAUUAUCUUCGAACAUUUUGCCUGAAAAAUAAAGUUGAAGAUCAAUUAUUAUACGAGCAAAAUAAAAGGCAAUGGAUCGAUGAAAUUAGACAAUUGAAACGGGAUAAAACAUCAUCAGAUCAAGAAACUGAACAAUGUCGAAUACAGCUAGAACGUUUACAAAGAGAUUUGAAAACAACAGAAAAACGUACAGGUAAUAUAAUUCGAAGAGAAGCGGCUUUGAUAAAAACGAGUACAGAAGGACUCAGUCGAAGUCAGGGCGCUGACAAUAUAAUUUAUCAGAAAGAGAAAGAUAAGGCGAUUAAAUUUCUAGAAAAAGAUCAAAAAGAACUUGCACAGCAGACUGAACGUUAUGUUAUUUUAAUAGCCAAAGCCAGUAGUAUCAAGAAAAAUAUAGAAUGUUUAGAAAAAUUAAUGGAAUUAAAAUUAGAAGAACAACAUAAAAGAUAA